CGUAAAACUCAGAAGAGAUUCAGGGAAGUCGUAGGACAAUUCCGAACCGACUAACAUCGUCAUCAGUGUUAGGCACAGUCAUCUUCUUAGUCUUGAACUUGCGCGGGUACUACGGGUAGUUGACCUAGCGAAGAUGCCUGCCGCUAGCAACGUCACUAGUCUCUUGGAGGAUCUCCAGCAACACAAUGAACAUCCAACAUCCUUCCCCCAACUCCAGCAUCCAUCCUUCCACCACCAACAGUCACUAAGAUUAAGGCUCAGCUUUCAAUGGUCAUUGGGGUUGGUCACUGAGAUCCCUCUUGAGAGAACAGGGGAAAAUGAAGGAAAAGCAAAGGGAGAGGCAUGGGGCCCAUUUCUUUCAGAGUCAGUGACCAUUGAAUGCUGAGCUUUAAUAAGAACACCAACAUCUUUCUGCGUCGGCACUGAUGUUAACCUCGCAACGGUGUAUACCUCGAUGCGCGCAGCAAAAGCACUUGCCGCGGAUUUGCAGAAUAGCAAUGCUUUUCCAGAACAAGGAUCGGAACCUCCACAACUUGCCCAGACUUUCCGCGAUCCAAGAGAGGACGAUAGUACUAGUAUUAAGGCUCAACUUUCAACGGUCACCAUUUAGGUUGGAGUCACUGAGAUCGAAGAGGCGACCCCUUCUUGAGAGAACCAACAGGAGAAAUAGACGAAGGGACGAAAGGGGAGAGCUGUGAAGGGGGUCCCUUCCGUUCAGAGUGAGUCAUGGUGACCAUUGAAGGCUGAGCUUUAACAGUAGUCCCUCCGAGAAGAUGCAAGGUUUCCAAACCGCUUCCGAUCCAGAUGCACGGCAAGAACAGAAACUAGAACUCCGCAAGUUUUUGACGAAACUACGCCAACCUGGAAGACGAGUAGCUGGACUAGAGUGGGUCGACGAACUAUUUCGCGGGAUACCACUAGGCAAUGUUGCCCAAGAUAAGAAGCUUCAGACGGAAGCAGCCAGUGCGCAUGGGACACGAUUUUCGUUUUGGCGCCCUGCGGAUCUUGAUACGAGUGUAGGGAGAGCAGACGGAGGAAUUGGUUCGAUCUAUGGCUUUAGUGGUAGUUGGAAGUGCAUACCUACUUUUGAUAUCGACUCUCAUUUUGUUGCGAGUUGUAGAACUUCUACCUCAAGCGGGAGAACAAGGUGAGCAUUACCUAUUUAGAAGCAAUAGAAGUGCAAUUUUUUCCUCUUGCUCUAAUUAUAUCCCACUCGCAUGGUUCCCAAGCAAUCAACUCUGCAGAUGGAGAAUAGCUUGCAACGGCUCGGCGCUGACGCUACCGACAUCGAACAACGGACACAGCGCGAUCUUGCUGCGAUCAAUAACCUCCAGAGACUACUCUCCGACGCUGCGCAAAGACUUCGUGGCUUCUCACAAGUAAGUGAGGAUGCGACUGAAGCUGUACGAGAAAUAGUUGGGUGGAAGGAGAAAAAGUAUAAACACAGCUGCGAAACUGUCACCGACAUGUCUUUGUGUAGGCAGUUGGAGAACGAUGGGUAUUGUGUGCUUAACAAAGCCGACAACACAUGCUUACCAUGGGAUUGCGGAAAAUUCGCGUCGGAGAACGAGUGUACAACGACAACGAUGACCUCGGGAACGUCGCGUAGUGCUAAGGGUGACCAUUCCGCUAAUGGUAAUGCGACUGGCACUAGUCGUGUUCACGAAGAACUCUGUGAAUGGGCAAAAGCGGAUGAGGCGGGUUUUGAUAAUGGUGUUGGGGAGAAGCUCGCAAACGGAGGAAAGGAACAUAGUGCGGACGCGGCGGGGGCAAAGGCAACUUCCGGAGAGGCACAUACUGAAGCCGCAAGGGCAGCUUCUGAUAAUGUCGCUACACCCACCCAGGAUGCUAGAAGUUACGAUGGCGGCAAGCCAGGCUCUUCCGGAUUCAACGAGAUCGACCGGCACGCCGUCGCGAGAUCGGGUACAAAACCAACUUUAUCUACUUCCACUGCCUUUGCUGACGCGAAAACAAAAGAAGAAGCAAAACAAGCAGGAGGUGCAGAGGUGACAGAGACAAGCGCUGGAGCUGGGGGUAAGAGCGCUACAGCUGCAUCUGACGGAGGUGCCCCAGCAGACGAGAAGGCAGCCGAAGCCGAAGCACCUUCAUCUUCAUCUCCCCAGGCGAAUAUGACCGAUAAUCAUGCCGAAGGAGAUAAUACUUCUGCGCAAGAACAAGAAACAGGAGCUGAGGCAGAGCACACAAGAACAGCAUCACCAGAUGACCCGUCGGCUAAGAGCUCGCAAGUAGAGCGUGAAAGUGGCGACGCAGCAGGGGCAGGAGCAGGGGAUGCGCCGAAGGAAGACGUAGUGAGAGAUGUCGAUUCUCAGAGUGCUAAGAAAAUCAUUGGUGACGUAGAGGUAAAGCCUCGUCCUUCAUCACCUGAAUCUGACGCACAAGACGGUACUGGUGAUCAUGGGGAAGGUGCGAAAGUCGAUGGCGCCGCAGACGACCAGGAGCCGGCAACGAGUGCGCACGUCGAUUCGCAAGAAAAAGUUUAUACAGUUACAGACACGAAGGCGACAACAGAUCAUAAAGUAGAGGACGACAAACAAGACAACCAGACUCCAGCAUCCUCUGAUUCUAGCGCUUCCUCUCCACCAAAACCUGGCAUCUGUCAACCGAAAGAAGAGACUGUAAUCACUCCUGCCAUGGUGAUACGUGGAGGUCGAGGUGGUGGCUUCAUCGUCAUGGCCGAGAGGAAUCCUGAAGUAGAUGCAGAAAAUGAGGAUCAGGGCUUGGAGGGUCCAUUUCGAGCUUCUGCAGGGGAUGGUGAGGAGCAAGAACAACGUGUGGCGGGGGAAUCUAAGGGAAGUCCGACAGGAACAGGUGGCGAUGAAGCGGCAGGAGGAGGUUCACAUCCAGUAGAUGAACAUGGAGGAAAAGAAGGUAAGGCGGCAUCAGAUGCGGAUCGACCUCAUGCUGAUGCUGGGACCACAUCAAGCAAAGAACCUUCAUCAUCUACAACUUCGAAGAAGAGCAAAAGCAGACACGAAGGAGCCCACCGAAUAGCCUUCAAAGGUGUAGCAAAAAAAUCCGAAGAAGCGCCGACAAGUACAGCAGCCUUGAUGCAGAUGCGCGUGCAAAAAGCAGAGCUAAAAGAUAAGAAAUACAGGUUUCCAGAUCACACUGACAUAUUAGAGGAGAUUCGAUACGUCAAUCUUCCCAAGAACAAAAAUGCUUCUGGCUCUGAUGCUGCUGGUGAGGGAGGCGACUCUAGUAACACAGAUGAAGCUUCUUCUUCUUCUACAGCACUGAAGGCUGCUCUGAAAGCUGAGCUGGAAAAAAAGCCAAGUAAAACUUCCAACGACUUAGACGACGAUGAGUGUAGGGGAAUCACGCUUGUUCCUGGACCCGAGGGUGGAGGUGACAGGGAUGGUUCUGGAAAGGCGAAAGGACUUCAUUGGGAGCGUGUUAACCUCGAUCCAGACAAAGUUGCCGUUCAAAUGGUCGAAGAUAAGAGCGACUACGCAGAUUUCUUGUUUUCACAGUCUAAGUUCGACCUGAUCGUGGCACCUCGUGAAGAUGAAGUGCAGUGUAUGCAACUCGUCUUUCGUCGUCCAGUCGCAGUUGAGAAGGAUGCUCGCGGCUACACAGAUAUGACAGAAAAAAGUGUACUCAUACUCAAGAAAAGAGGUUCUUUCCUAUUUAGAAUGUGUCUACUUUCUUGAGGAUGAGUACACUUUUUCGCUUCAUAACAGAUGAAGGACCGUUUACGCGGUGGCUACUGCAUCCGAAUCCGAAAGGAGGAUCGAAAUCGGAGAAACGACACUGGAACAUUUUGAGCAAGUAUUUGGAGUUAAGACUGGCAAAAGUAAAAACUGAGAAUGUAGUAGUGAAUAAGAUUUUCAUCCCCCGUAUUUUAGUAGAACUAGAAGAUUUACUAACUAGAUAAUUAAAAAUGUACUUACAACUUCACUUGUACCAUCUCGCUCUUCCCUAUCCCUGAACAACGGUUGUUCUUUCUGUGCCCUCAUCUCUAAUCCGCGACUUCGCUACGGACGUAACGCAUGGAGACACUGGUUCUCUCUCCAACGCGUUCGUUCUAGAACAGGGUCUUCCGACGGUCAUGAGCACGGGAGCCAAGCUUUAUGAGCGCUGGAAUGCCCUGGAGAAAUUGAAGGCGACAUUUCCGAAGAAGAUAGCACGCCUAGCACAGCAGUUUUACGAGAUAUUGCCAGGGACAAGUCAUGAAGAAGGUGCUGCAUCUGAAACCGAGAAACCCACAUCUUCUUCCCGUACAGAAGAAGAUGACAUUUCCCAUCUUUCUGGUACUGCGGAUUCCUAUGUUAAGGGUUGGAAAUGGAAGUUGACCUAGAUCAUCUCUAUGCGCAUCUCUAGUAUGGCUUCUUCAAGUAGGAACGCGGCCAUAGCUAUGCGAGCUAGAGACGCCAACUCUCAACCUCUAAGUAUGCCUGUGUCAAUGCAGGGGAAAAACAUGCAGCAAUGGAACAACUUUCGCAUCAAAUGCAUGCACUAAGUUUAGACCUGAAAAAAGCUGAGGAGUAUACCUACGACGUCGAGAUUUGGGCCCGAACGGCAACAUUAGCGACUCAUCGGAGCUUAGGGCUGUUGUCGGGUAUCAGGCCACCGUCAAUAGAUCCGAAUGUGAACCGAGCAUGAUUAGCAUGAAGUAAGUAGGCAGAAUUAUGAGAACAGGAGCUCUGCUCUGAUUCUGAAUCAAUCAGAUGCGAUUGAAACUGAAACUAGCAAGUAGCUUUAAAACGAUGCGAACGAAUUGAUUUCGAGGCUUUCCUAGAAAGGACGGAAAAGCUAGAUUUCUUUGAUACGUUCGUUCGAGUUGCAUGUGCGGC